AUGUUAACGGUUGAAAAGUCCUGGGUCAACGUACAGCAGAAAACUUUUACGAAAUGGCUCAAUGACAAAAUCAAGGUUCGAGGCAUCUUGAUCGAUGACCUGGUGACGGACCUUUCCGAUGGCGUUAUCCUCAUCCAUCUUCUCGAAGUCCUCGGCGGAGAGUCGCUCGGUCGUUACGCCUCGAAACCCAAGCUCCGCGUGCAAAAAUUCGAAAAUGUCAACAAAAGUCUUGAUUUCAUCAAGGGGAGGCGGAUCCAGAUGACGAAUAUCGGUGCGGAGGAUAUCGUCGAUGGCAACCGGAAGAUUAUCCUGGGCCUGAUCUGGACGCUCAUUCUGCGGUUCACCAUCAGCGAUAUCAAUGCGGAGGGUAUGACGGCCAAAGAGGGUCUCCUGCUAUGGUGUCAAAGGAAGACGGCGUGCUACGAAGGGGUGGAGGUGCGCGACUUCUCGACGAGUUGGAAUGAUGGCCUUGCAUUCUGCGCUCUGCUGGAUAUCCAUCGGCCGGAUCUGAUCGACUUCGACGCCCUUGACAAGAAGGAUCACCGCGGGAACAUGAAACUGGCCUUCGAUAUCGCCUCUAAUGAAAUCGGGAUCCCUGAUUUGCUUGAUGUUGAUGAUGUCUGCGACGUGGCGAAGCCGGACGAGCGGUCGCUGAUGACAUAUAUUGCCUACUGGUUCCAUGCCUUCUCUCAGCUCGAGCGGGUGGAGAAUGCCGGUCGCCGAGUCGAAAAGUUCAUCAAUAACAUGCAUGGUGCGUGGGAGAUGCAGAACUCAUACGAGAGAAGGAUGAAGGAGCUGCUCCGCCUGAUCAGGGCCCAGCGCGAGUCGUGGAAGAACGCAUCGUUCGAAGGCACCUACAAGGACGCCAAGGAACAGGCUCACCAAUUCUCACUGUACAAGAGGAACGAGAAACGGCGCUGGGUCGCUGAGAAAUCGGAUCUCGCUGCUCUACUGGGCAACAUCAAAACAAAGCUCAGUACCUACCGUCUUCGUCCCUACGAUCCGCCUGAAGAGCUGCGCCUCGAGGUUUGUGACCAUGAGUGGGAGCUGCUAACUCGCGACGAGCAUGAGCGAAGUCAGCUGAUCAACGAAACAAUUCGAGAUAUCAAGAAUGCUCUUCGCCGGUCCUUCGCCGAUAAGGCUAAUGACUUUGCGCUGACGCUGAAGACAUUGUCUCUUGCUAUCUCCGGCCUCGACGGCGACGUGGAGGAUCAAUUAGACCAUGUCAAGAAACUCAACGACACACUCCCUCCUCUUGAUGCUUUCCUAGAGACCAUUGCCGCUCUGGACGAGCAAUGUGUCGAGGCGAAUAUUGAGGAAAACGACUUCACAACAUAUACCUUAGAUGAGCUUUCUUACGAGCUGAGCUUAGUCAAAUCAAGUAUCUCCAAGAAGCUUGCAUUCUUGGAGAAUCAGCUAGUUGCCCGCAAUAUGACCAACCUGACUCCAAUCCAGUUGGAAGAGUUCGAGUCUGUCUUUAGGCAUUUCGACCGUGAUUCGUCAAAUACCCUCCACGAGCUCGAGUUCUCCGCCGCGCUUGCUAGUCUUGGGCUUGUAUAUGACGAGGAGGAAAUGCACCAAGUUUAUAUCGAAACCUGCGGGCCGGCGAGACUCGCACAAAAUGCCGGGGUCAGCUUUGAGCAGUUCAUCCGCUUUAUGGUCAGCGUGACCGAAGAUCAGCAUACUGCAGAGCAGGUUUUCCAGAGCUUCCGAGAAGUUGCAGAUGGCAAGCCUUAUGUUACGGAGCUUGAUCUUCGGCAUUCCCUGAUCCCGGAUGAGGUUAUUGAACAUCUCGUCCAAACCAUGCCCCUCCACCAGGGGCCAGAUCUUCUCGAGGACAGGGAUCUUCCAAAGUACGACUACAUCAGCUUCAUGGAGAAGAUGAUGGAGUACAACAAUGACAACAAGAGCGAUCCCUCUAUCAAUGGUGGGCACUAG